AUGAGACGGGGGGAGAUAACAUCCCAGCUAGAUGGGCUCGGUUUCAGUCGUGAACCCGGCUUUCGGAGCUCUAUACAACACCCUUUAGUUCGUCAAACAAAGCUCUUGACUCAACAUGAAUGGUGUAAUAUUAAACCGAUCCUCAUCAAAGUCAUCCAAGACUUCCCGGCCAAAGUUAUUCAAUACGAACGCAACGAGCGCUUUCGGGCCCUGAAUAUAUGCUUUAUGUCUCGAUACGAUGAUCUUUGCGAAGAGGUGCAGGAGGAAACGAACCGAACUCUGAUGCCUGUCGACGAUUUUCUCGCUUCACCUGCUGCAAGGACCGUCAACGGCUUGAUUUAUUUUUCCCUGCCGGAAAUGGAUGAAGAAGAUAUUUUCCCUGCCUAUAUCCGCGACCUUCGCACACAUCUUGAUCGAUUAUCUGGUGAAUGGGUCCGUCAAAAGGCGAAGGAGCUGAAACAGUCUAUCCACCAAUCAGCCGACAAAGGUUACGCGUCCUACUCGGAUCUCCGCAAGAAUGUGUUUCAAUGCAAGGCAUGUUCAAAGUUCUUUUGGGUACCUCAAGUAUACAUGCACCAAUGUACGAAAGACGAUGAAGAGGGAACGAUCGAGGACAAGGAUAAGUGGCCGACCGAUUGGAAGUACCCUUACAACCCAUCCAAGAUGUAUCCCCGUUUCAGGAUAUGGAACGCAAAGAGAUUUCGAUGGCAUGCUUCCGCUACGAUGUGCGCGAAAAAGGCUAUGAAGUUGUGUGGAGCGAAGACUGUUGAAGAGCUUGGUAAGAUCAACCCGGAGGUGGAGUGCAUGCAUAAGGACUGUUAUGGCGAAGGGAAAAAUCAACAUCUUGUUAAGUGGCGAGAUGUAAAACCCUGCAAUUUCCCACCCUCACCUGUGCACGCGAUAUCUGCCGUUGACAAGAGGGAAACGAGAAAGUCGCGAGGCUUACGUCGCCCAGGUUGA